AUGGAGCUUCCCAGUUACAGAAAGCAGUUGCUGCAGCAGCUGUAAACACUCUUCAAGGAGCAGCAGUUCUGCAAUUGCACCAUCUUCAUUGGGACUGUUCAUUUUAGAGUACACAAGGUUGUUUUGGCUGCUGCCAGCCUGCUUUUUAAAUCCUUAUUGGAUAGCACAGACACCAUCUCCAUUGAUGCUUCUGUGGCUACACCUGAGGAGUUUGCGCUGUUGCUGGAUGUGGUGUACACUGGCAAACUCCCAAUGGGGAACAACUUCACCAAAGCCAUCUCUCUGUCAGACAGUCUGCAGAUGUUUGAUGUGGCUGUUAGUUGCAAAAACCUCCUUAGAGACCUCCUCAGCUGCUAAUCUCAGGAUCAGACAGUGAGAGAGGUCUCCAGCCAGCCAGCAGACUCAUCUGAAAACAGCGCUGAAGCUGAUAACCUGCUUCAGUCUGAAAAACCUCCUGCAAAAAAAACAGAUACCUUGCACCCUCAGAGAGUGUCCCCUUCUCCUGACUCUGCAGAAGCAGAAAUGGAGGGAGAUGUUUCUGUUCCUGACCAGGAGCUUACCACAAAUCACACCUGGGUUCCACAGGACACGACCCUGAGCAGCUCUGGGUCCCUCAGGGCAGAUUCAGGCUCUCAUCCUGACCAGCCUGCCUGCACAGAGCAGUGUGGCUGUGCAGAAGAGGAGCCUGCUGAGCCUCUGGAGAAGAAAGGAAGAAUGAGUGAUUUAGCAGCAGAGAGCAAAAGCUGUAAACUGUAUUUCUUUCUUCGAUAUGAAAGUGUUUUCUCUGAGGCCCUUUCUGAUGCCCAGGCUGUGCUCAGAAGACUAGAAGAAUGCAGAGAAAUUGAUGCCUCUCAAAGGGAGGCUCUGGUUGCCUGUCUGGCAGAGGCAGGGGAACAGUUGGUGUUCACAAAGCUGUUGGGCAAAGUGAAGGAUGCCCUGGAUGCACAGAUCCUUGUGUCCUUACUGAAGCUGUAAGAUGGGAAUCCCACGCUGAGAGCAGCCUUGCUGGAGAGGGAACAGGGCAGUGGAGAAGCCCUGCAGCAAACAGAGAGCAUGAAAGAGGGAGAGAUGCUGACUGCUUGUUUGCUGGGAUGCAGGGAGGAGCUGAUCCAGAACGUGACACAGCUGAGCCCCAUCAUAGAGUUCCUGGAGGCAGCAGAAGAGGGAUUCCUGACCGCCUCGGAGAAGCGGGCCACCCCUGCAGCCCGCACUACCAAAACUCUACCACAUAACCCCAGUACAGGCUGGUUGAAGUGCAGUGCAGAUACCUGCCUGGGAGCAGCAACAGGUUCCAUGGCCACCAGUGAAAGCACAGCCAUUGAGAUCAUCCUGAGGCACAGCAAGUUGAUUUCGGAGGCCAUUAGGCAGAGAGCGGACUUGGCUCCAGGGGAAGCAGGACUCAUGGAAGCAGUAAAAGAGCUACUGAGUGUUUCUGCUCAGGAAAGUUCAGAGGCCUCCUUCAAAGCAGCUCUGAGUACAACACAGGAGAAGUCUGUCCCGGCCAUCAAGAUCUGUCAGCUGCUGUGCAAUGUCCGUGAGUCUUUCCCAGACCUACAGCCAGUGAUGCAGGAGCUAGGGCAUGUGGGGCUCUUGACGGAAGGAAGUGGAGAGGAAGCUGGGAUCAGGAAGUGGAAGGUGAACAGUGAGUCCCAACUUGAAGCUCUGGACAAAGAAGAGGACAGGGCAGGAGGUGCUGGGACCAAGGAACCGAAGGAACCACAAGAGAAAGCUUCUUCCAAGAAGAGUUUUAUCUGCAAAGCUUGUGAUAAGAGCUUCCGCUUCUACUGCUGCCUAAAGGUGCACAUGAAACGUUGUCCGGUGACCAAAGGAAAGCAAAUCCAGCGUAAGGAGUGCACUGAAGUCAAAGCUACAAAGAAUGAGCUGGAGAAACAUCAGCUGGAGGUCCAUGGAGCAGUCGUGGCCAAGAAGAAGAGGUGUCUCCCUGCAGCAUGUGACAUCUAUGGCCAAGAGUUUGCUCAUGCCUCAGGGAUGCAGUACCACAAGCUGGCGGAGCAUUUCAACGAGAAGCCCGUCUCCUGUGAGGAGUGCGGGGCCAAGUUUGCGGCCAACUCCACGCUGAAGAACCACCUGCGGCUGCACACAGGGGACCGGCCCUUCAUGUGCAAGCACUGCCCGAUGACCUUUAUGCAGGCCUCGGCCCUUGCCUACCACACCAAGAAGAAGCGCUCUGAGGAUGAGCCUUCCCCACAGGAGCCCAUCCCCAGGGGUGGUGUCCCUGCUCAUUCCCAGCUCUGCUACUGCUCCAUCCCCCUUUUCCAGGUUCUUCCACUAGCCACCCAGUUAGAAGCUUGUCCUCAGCAAGAGACAUCAGCACAGAGAAACAAGGAACUGAACCCUGAGCACUGGGGUGUGAGGAGGAUAGAACUAGAGAUUCAGACGUCAGAGGAAGGAGCAGCAGAACACAUCAUCUCUUUUGAUGAAGCCCAGGUUGCUGGCUCCCAAGUCUUUGCGACGUUGCCCGAAUCCCAAGUGAGCCAAGCUGGCUUGGAGCUGGUGACAGUGACUAUGGAGGACUUGUUUGAUGACAAAGUCACUCCGAUUUGUGAAGAAACCAAAGGAGAGUGA